UAAUUCCGUCCUUCCUCUUCCGGUGUUGUGCACCGUGCUCGUACAGCGUAUACUUAGGGCAACGUUCCAUAGAAAUCAUACUGAGAUCUGGACUGGAACCUUUCCGCCACCACCUUCCACUGACCUCGCUGGAUGGAUGAUGUACACGUAUCUGGUUACUAUGAUUACGCGCCCGGAUAUCCCUGGCGUCACUGCUACUUCUCUCCCUCUCGAAUCUCACCAUAUGGCGUCCACGUGCUCUCCCUUCCCAACUCCCAUCUCUCCCACACCUCCAAUCUACUCCAACCCCUUGCGUGCCACAACCAUCUCUCACCCCAACGCCCCUCAAAACACCAUAGCCAGAUACAUAUUAUGUCCCCCCUCCAUCCCAAACCAACCCAAAAUCCCGCCCACCUCCCACCACCCAUGAAACAAACGCAUAUGUCGUCAAACCGCCAUCAUCGACCAGGCCAAUCAAUGCGGUUGUCGUAGGCUAAAGUGGUGCAGGGGGUGGGGGGCAAUCGGGGAGGCGGAUCGGCGGAGCGAUGGACGUGAGGUGCAGGGGGGGUGGUUCAACGGUU